GCAAUCCUGAAGAAUAUACAAAUACAGUUACACAAACGAAACCGGAUCUAAGCCGACUUAAUAUGCCAUUCGAAGUAACAUCGUAGCUUUGGUCGGUUUUGAGUCUUUGUGUCGUAGGUGUAACUGCCUACGAAAAUUGCCUCGACGACGAGGUAUGCAUCCGCUCCUGUCAUUUACCCAUGAAGGCAUCGCCUGAUGCACAGUGCGUGGGGUUGUUGUCCGACUUCUAAGAUUGAGUGUAAGCAGACAAUUUUUUUUCAUAAACCAUUGUGUCCCGAUUUCCACGAUUGAAAGUGAUACAAAAAUAUGAAACACGACCCUAGAAGUCAAGUGCAUACAACAUAGACAUUAAUUUCAACAUGCAUACCUUCCUCCUCGUUGCGUUUGGGUUCGUGAUGCCUUUUCUAGGUGUCUUUGGGAACGGUCUAAUCCUGAUCGUCUUCGCGCGGCAGAAGAGAAAGAACGUAGUCGACAUCACCCUCCUCUUCAUGGCGGUGGUCGACUUCUCGGUGUCCUGCUUUCACAUCCUGAAGACGAUCAGCUUCAAGUACGGCACCAACGACUUCACCUGUCAGUUGACCAUCAUGACAGCUCGGGCCGGUAUCUUUGCGUCGGUGUUCUUCACCAUCGCCCUUGCCGCCUACCGGUAUAGGGCCAUUUGCCAUCCGUUUCGCCGACCGGUAAGUCUAAGAGUCGGGACCCUGGUGUCCGUGGCAUCAAUCACGGUCUCGGUAAUCAUCAACAUCCCCGCUUUCUUCAUCGUGGACGCUCUGCCUCUCCGGACAGGCCUCCUGACCUGCGUCAUUGUUGAUAGGUCAUCCUGGAUGGAAGUCGCCUUCUCGGCACUGUCUUUGCUGCUCUUCACUGCGGCAGUUCUCGUUUCCACCGUCCUGUACUCACUGUUGUACAGAGCCAUUCGGAAGCAGCAGGCAGUCAGGAAAAACUUGCUUGGCGGGAGAGGACGCUUCAAAGCAGCUCAGAACCAAACCAAGCCAAACAAGCCACCAACCGAUGGCUCAGAUGCCAGUAGCCAAGGUGUUCAGUCAGCACCAAGUAACCUGAGCACUACCAUGAUUGGGUUAGACGCCAUUCAGGAGGCCACCCCAAAUGACGUCACAUCCGCUGAGUCUAAUAUCAACACCGUUGUCAUGGUUGCAGACAACGAGAUACAUACCACAAAUGCGAAUGAGGACCAAUUCGGCAAAGAUGGCCAUUCUAAAGAACAAGAUAUGGAGAAUGGCGAUGACCCUUCCGCUACCGAACAAGCCAAGACCGUUGAACCCAGACUCAAGGUGGAUAAAAAAUCGGCCCAGCCGGAAGACAAGGGGCACCACGUGACUCGACUUCUCUUUAUCAUCACCGUCAUCUUUUUGGUGACUUGGUUCCCGAGCAUCGCUUACGAGUACCUGCCGACGAACCUGACGAUGAGCCGGGAACACACACUCAGUUCCGCCACCCUCCUGCUUGUCCAACUCAAGCUGUCGAACCAUUUCAUCAACGUUUUCGUUUACCUCGCCGUCAACGCCAGGUUUCGUCGGCAGGUUCGCGAACUGUUUUGUUGUUGUGGAUAGAGUGAGACAUAGAUAAAAAGAUGUGGGCGAGAGAGAGAGAAGAAAAAAGAUGGAAAGCUAUUUUUAUUUUUAUUUUUUAUCUUUAUUAUUGAAAAUCUUGCACCUGUAUGUGAUAAAUACUGAUAAACACAUUUAUUAUGCGCCAUCUAUCUAGUAAACUAUUCCGAGGCGCAAAUAAAUACGAAGCAUUCGUAUCUAAAUAUAGCCUGUAAUCUAGGCGGAGGCUGCAGUUAUUGUCUUUGCUGUUUUAAUAUGCUGAACGUAAGCGAUACGUCUGAUCUGGCGAACACUACGCAUUGUGGCUGCGUUAGCUAACGCAGCCACAAUGCGUAGUCUUUGCCAGAUCAGACAUAUCGCUUGCGUUCAGCAUAACAGCAAGGAAUAAACUGCAGCCUCCCCCUAGAUUAUAGGCUAAUCUAAAUAAGGAUAUCUGAUAUGCGUUGUCCACUUAUUCUCAUGUGUUCUUAUUCUAAUUGUACACACACAUAAACACACACACCCCUUUUCUUUGAUAAUUUACUGAGAAUUUCGGUCGAAUCGACUGUUAUGUUUACCAAAUGAAAAUUUGAUAUAUUUUGAAUCGGCUUAGACCACUCAGCCACGACGCGCCGUGCCGCGCCACCAUGUUCUUUCGUCAGCGAUACUAAAGAACAUGUUGAAAGGAUCGACCAAGUGGCCGAGGGAUCUAUUCUAAGGUGCCUAACUAUGAUAUGGAAAGUCGGAAAGUCUGGGCUUCGAUCCCCGGACGCCACACCUAUGCCCGUGAGCAAGGCUGUUUUUAAUCCACUAUGAUCUAACUUGCUAUACGCAUUCUUGGUAAUUGCACUUGUUAGAAAAUUUUAUCAAUUUAAUGAUCGUUGUAAUAAUUUGUAUUAAAAUUUCAUUGAUAUUAAGCACAGGUGUCUUGAAUAAAAAAACAAGGUAACUUUUUUGAGAGAAUAAAUUUCAUGUUUUAAUUUGUUUAAUUUUGUUUUAUUGAAACCAAUAAUUGAAAUACACGAAAACUUGGUUUGAAGUAAUUGAUUACUAGUCAUAAACAUUGGAUUCAUCGUGUCAUGAAUCUACCCGCGACGAAAUUAUCCCCCACUUCCCCUUAUCUGUACUUAUCCCCUUUCUUUCUUUCUUUUUUUCUUUCUCUUUCUCUCUCGCUCUUUUUCUCUCAAUCUUCCAUUCCAUUAACGGUCCGCUUGAAAAUCAACUAAUACCUACUAGGGGUAAACAGGAUUUAUAAUUAUUUUGAUUAUCAUGUUAUUGUUAUUAACAUAGUUCCUCUUAAAUUUAAUUCACGAUGUAAAUAAUUCAUGUGCAUAUCCCGCACUCACUUUUAAACAUCUUAGAUUAAAAUAUAAAAGGGUAGGGGAAAUUGAAUUAGAAUCACAUAUAUGAUUCCAAAAUAUCACCCCAACGCACAUGUAAAUUUAUAUAUAUGAAUCGUAAUGUAACUUCUACCAGAUUAUGUUUCUAUUACAUUUAGGAUCGCGUUACUGAGAAAUAUAUUUAGCGGUUUAGAGCCACUUGGUAUACUAGCAGGUGUCCGUUGCAGAAAGAGUUGCGUGUAAACGCAACUCGAAAAAAAAAAUCGAUUGCAAGUCCCAAAAUGCGCUCUGUUGAUUGGUUGAAAAUCAAGUUGCGCAUGAUUUUCAGAGUUGCGAUUGAUUGCAACUCCUUCUGCAACGGGCCCCAGCUGGUCUAAUUAUCAGAUCGGCUAUUCGGGAAUUUUCUUGCAGCUACGUGGCAAAGGGCAAUCAAGAAGUCUUUGUCGAAAGUUAGUGGAUCCAAACAGCAUUUUCGUCAUGGACACUGGACAAACGACAUACUUGCAUUUUUUUUCGUCAGCUUCGAAGCUGGGACGAGAUGCUGUUCCGGUUCACAAAUUUUCGACAAAGACCUCCCAGCCUUCAUCGUUAUUCGUUUAGCAUUUUCAGCGAAAACGUUCAGCUUCGCGGUGCAAACACCCAUUAUGGUUAAAUCAUGGACCUAUGAAGAGAUGGACAUUCAUCGCUUAGAUAAUGAAUUCACUAACAGGUGACUGUAAUUGUCAUCUAAAUAACAUUCUCUUCAUACUAGUCUUCUUUGGUCCUAUGAUCGUCACCGUGAGAACGGACUGAAGCAGUUCGCGAUUGGACAUUUAUAUUUCACAAAUUAUAUGCGCAGUUGAUAACAAAUCAAUGAAAUAAUGGAAAAUCGAUGAGCAGUUUUUGUUUACCUUUGGUAAUUUUAGUUUCAUGUGUAUUAUUUGGGGAAAUGUCUGCACAUUUUAACAUAGAGGCAAUAUUGUGAUUGAUUGUUUACCAUUUAAAAUUCAAUUUUCCCAAGUUUCUCCAUUAUAUUUCAGAUUCUAGUAUACGUGGCACAUAACAUGUAUAGAUCGUGUAUCUCUCAAUGUUAUUCAGGUUCUUGUGUGUGAGCGGUAGUUAGCGGAUCGGAAAAUAUCAUAUUUUAUAUCAUAUAAAUCGUCUGCUUCUCAAGUUUGCUGCUCCAUAUAUGAAGCAUGUUGACUGAAAGGCAAAUGCUGAAACAGGGUAUCAGUCAACAAAAAUCAAGACCGGGAAACUGUUCCGUCGUUGAGUGAUCAAAUACACUUGGUAGUCAUGGUCAUUGUUAUUGUUACAAUACCUGUAUGUUCUCAUUAAGAUGCGCAUGACCAGGCGACGGUGACUAUCAUUGGAUCAAAGAAAUGCUCGCGUUAAUCGUCCAUCUUUUCAUAGGUCCAUGGUUAAAUCCACUCGAUCUACUUUCAAUUUCGCCUGAUUACAUUUCGGUCCAAUCAUCAACUUGGUCAAUACUCACUUGGUCUAGCUGCCAUUCUAGUCUAAUGACCAGAUUUUAAAAUUUUCACUUCGUCUUCUUAUAAUUUUACACUAAUUCAGUGUUCCAGUAUGUCCAAGAAUCCAAGAUGGCUUCCGAAAAUGGAGUCUAAAAUUGCUAAAGUUGCUGGUGCGAAAGCUCACCAUGGUUAAAUCCACUCCAUCUACUUUCAAUUUCGUCUGAUUACAUUUCGGUCCAAUCAUCAACCUGGUCAAUUAAUACUCACUUGGUCUAGCUGUCAUUUAGUCUAAUGAAAAGAUUUUUAAAUUUUCACUUCGUCUUAUCAUUUUACACUUUGUCAACGACCUGAGGAGUCAGCGCUUAUGGUUUGGCUCAUCAAGAUUCCCGGAAUCAAUUUAAUUAGUUCUAUUCCGAUUUCAAUGAAAUAGUUAGUAUAUCUCUCUUUGUAUUAUGCAUGUGUAGGACUGUUAUUUUGACAUUUGGUUUCUUUAAUAGUUAUUUAUAGUUCAAGCUUUGGUAUUUAGUUCAGCUUUGUUUACAUUCUUGAUGCUUAUGUUGUCAUCCAUUUACAUUUGACUUUUAACCUGCUUCUCCUGUCAUUCCUUUCCUAUUCAGAUGUGUUCAUUCAUUACAUUCUCACAUCUGAAUCUUUUGUUCAACAUUCUUAUGUAAUCAUCUCAACAUCUUAUUCGUCUCCAUCCCCUAUCUCUUAUUGGUUAUUUUUAUGAAUUAGACUUUUCCACUUUCAGUUGGCUUCUCCAUUCUCUGUAUUUUUAUUGGUUGAUUUUGUGUAAUUUAAAUAUAUGCUAAUUUUGAAAUGCAAUUAUGAGUUUUACUGAGGCAAGGAAGCCCAGCAAAUAAAACAGUGCACUACCAGA